AUGGCCCAUCCUCUCCCCGGCCCCUGGCUGGGCACGCUGUCCGCCGGGCGCGCCGUAGCCGGCCCCUUCUCUUGGUCGGACAGCUCACCAUGGUUCGUGCUCCCCCAUGUGCAUGCUCCCAUGUACAUGCCCGAGGUGUCGACGCCGCCCAUCCAGAGCGCCACUCGUCCUGCAGAAGCUGAGGCGUCCCCAUCACCCUCGGAACCCUGGUCGGAUACUGGCUCGAGUACGGCACCCGGCACUCGUACACUGGCGGGGCACGCGGUACGCGCUCUCCGUCGCCUCCUCGCCGGCUGCGGCGCCAUGUUCCUCUGGCAGUUCAUGGGCUGCCACUGCAGCUGCAACGCCAUCGCCUGCUACGUCCGGACCAUGUUCGCCCAGCUCGGCCUCGAGGGAGCCACCUCCGGUCUCCUGGCCGCCGGCCGUCUACGGCGUCGCGAACUCGCUCGUCGCCUUCCCGCCCUGCUCCUUCUGCUCCUUGACCGACAGGAUCGGCCGCCGUCGCGGCACCUGCCUCUCUCCCUCGACAACGUCGACGCCAUCGUCGGCGCCUACAUCUACAACACCUGGGGCAGGAGCCUCGAGGGCAUAGACCUCGUCUUUGGUGAUACUGCUGCUCAUGAGGGAGAAGGCCCGUUUGGCUGA